UGUGGAAGUUCAAUGCGUCCUCGACGCACAAAGUGACUGAUGCGAGACUCCAAACCUUCACAUUUGGGGCGAUCCAUUAACGGAAGAGGAUAGCCAUCAUACAACGGACUUGAUGAUAGAGGAACGCCUGGCCUGUCACUUCAAACUGAAUCAGUAACGACACCUGUCAAGGAGAAGUAAUGGAUGCGCUGAUGGGGCCAGAUCAGUACCGAUGGAAUAAUAUGAACUAUGAAGAUCGACUCAAAGCAGCUAUGGCCUUUAUCCGCCUUUGUGUGGAACACGGAGGGGGAGACAGCCCAAGACAAGGCCGUGUUCCACCUCAGCUUGAUCCAUACACAAAAGCUUCUGUGACCUCUGUGACCAGACCCAUGCUUCCUGUGAUGAUCAAACAUCCUCAGACAGAACCCACUUUGCUACCAGCGGAGCCCAGUAUUCCUAGGAAACCUGUGAUGAAAAGGAAGGUUCUGAGGCGAAGACCCAAUGGAGAAAUACAGGUGACAGAUGAAUCAGUCACCAGCGAACCUGAAUCUACCAGUAUAAGUGACCCUGAGUAUGGGGAUCUGAGUCAGAGAACAUGCAGUCCUCAUCAGGAAGAUGAAGAGUCUGAGGAAGAAUGUGAGCCAAAGAGUUCCCCUGAAUCAGAGGCUGCUUAUUCCUGGAGAUCUUCGGAAGAGAGCCAGAGUCAUGGCUCCCAAAGAGAGAGCCAGUGCCAAAGCAGUCCAUCAUCCGUGCAGGACCUGAUCAUCACUGGUCACCCAAAGUCCUUCAUAUUACCAAGAUUAGACCAAAUAAGCCAAAACAGAAUGAAGACUGACCGGGUAGCCCGUUACUUGGAGCAUAAGCACGACUGGGAGUCGCUACGGCUACCAGGGGAAGAUUCCAGGAAAAAUGUGCGGUGGAGCAUCCGGGAACAGAUGCUGUAUAAGACGGAAUUUCCUCCUAGGUCUCAGCACGUUUAUAUACCCAACAAUUACCUGGUGCCUACUGAGAAGAAGAGAUCUGCCCUGCGAUGGGGAAUACGCUGUGACCUGGCAAACGGGGUCGUGCCUAGAAAUUCUUACUCGUCCUAGAAAUGCUGAGUCGUUACAGCUGUAUUUACAGCCGUGUGCAUUGCUUAGCAUCACCUAAGUGUUCCUAUUUUGUUUCCUUUGAAGUGUAAAUCCUGCUUAUUUUAAAAUUGCUUUGGCUUUCCAAAUUGAUCCGUGCUGGCACAGAAGAAUUUUUCCCUAUUAGUGCUACUUAAAUGGUUGCUGUGAAAAGGAUCCCUUACAUACAAAUAGUGACCCCUAAAAAUAAGAUAAAUUUCAGCCUACUGGAAUGUGUGUCAAGGAGAACAACUUUUAUUGAAAUAUCUUUUGU